CUGCUCAAUUAUGUCUGCUACCGCCGGUGAAAACGUUGAUCUCAACUUAUCACUAGCAACACCACUUCAUCUAAGAUCAUCGCCUUCUCCUUCCGCCAUUGCUGUAACAGCCAGUUCACCUUACCGGAGCCAUCCCCGUUUCCUCUCCAAUCUUUGCUCGGAAUCUCUAUCUGUUGUCCCCGGAAAUCCUCGUGCAUCUGCUACAUUCGGUUUUGCUCCGAAAAAUGAAAUUGAAAAGUCUGAGGAAUACACUUGUGGAUAUGGAGUUAGUCAGAGAAGUCCUGCAUCCAACUAUUCUCCACUUGAACAAGCACGUAGUGCACAUACUAAACAACCCAGUAAAAGGAAGUCUUCUAGAGAUACCACAGAAGCUACCAAAGGAAUAAAUGCAGAUCUACAUGAUAACCUGAAUUUAGGUGUCACUUAUCGAUAUGAUAACUCUUUAGGCUUGUUGACAAAGAAAUUUAUUGGUUUGCUUCAAGAGGCUGAUGAUGGAACACUUGAUUUGAACCAUUCUGCAGAGGUUUUGGAGGUGGCAAAGAGGAGAAUUUACGACAUCACAAAUGUACUUGAGGGAAUUGGAUUAAUUGAGAAAACUACAAAGAGUCGAAUACGUUGGAAAGGGUUCCGGUCAACAAAAUCUCAAGGGUUGGAUAAUCAAGUAUCUACAUUGAAGGGAGAAAUUGGAUAUCUAAGUGCAGAGGAUCGCCGACUUGAUUGCUGCAUAAGGGAAAAACUAGAGCAAAUAAGGACCCUGGAAUCUGAUGUGAAUUGUCAGAAGAGCCUCUUUCUGACUGAGGAAGCUAUCAGAAGCUUGCCUCAUUUCAGGGAUAAAACUCUCAUUGCUAUAAAAGCUCCAUAUGCUAGUUCUAUUGAAGUUCCUGAUCCAUGUGAGGAUAUUGAUUUGGAGAGGCAGUAUAAGCUUAUACUUAGAAGCACAACAGGGCCGAUAGAUUUGUUUCUCUUGAGCAAACAGGGUAGGCAGCAUGAGGACAUAACCGUCAAACAUGAGAAGCCCUUGGAUGCAGUGUCUGCUGCAAAAAAGAUGGAUGAUGCUUGCCCAUCCCCAGUACAUCCUUGCUCUUUAGAUUCAACAGCCUCAAAGCUCUCGGGUGUUCAUAAAAUAGUACCUUCUCAUAACAGUAUAGAUGAUGAUUACUGGUUGCGCUCGGAGGAGGAAGUCAGCGCUACUGCUCUGUGGGGCAUUGAAUAAUCUUAAAAAUGGAGUGGCCUGGUUACAAACUCCAUAUAUGGAUACCAGAAGAUAUACACAAAUAAGGCUUCUUAUAAACCUGUAAAUAUCUUUUGAAGCUAAAAAGCUUUACAUAUCUCUAGCCAGAUUAUAGUAAGAAAUAACUGGUUUUACCUUACAGUUAUGCGGUUCACAGGAAUAUCAGUCUUAAGAUUAACCAAUGUUGGGAAUUGGGACUAGCCUUAGAUAUGACUUCAUUGGACAAGUUUUGUUGGCUGUUAUGGUAUUGUUGCUUGCCAGCAGCAUAUGCUAAACAUUGAAUGAUUCUGGGUAAUAUUGAAGUGAACGGUGAUAUUUAGAC